CUGUUGUGGUGAAAAUUCAAAACACACACCGUGACACACACACACAUGACAUACAGCCAAGGCAGGGUUUUUUUAUUUUUUUUAACCACCAGUACACAGCCCCAGGCGACUGGAGAACCUGUUUCGAGCCUCUCCAAAAGUCAAAAAAAAAAAAAAAAAAAAAAAAAAAAAAAAAAAAAAGAGGGCGAGGGCAUCUUCAGAAUUUUCAGAAAUUUUAAAAACGGUCACCAGACUUAGCUAGGGCAACAAGCGACACUCGGGAGCGUGACGGUGAUGGGGGUGAUAUGGGUGAUGGAUUGGACGAUGGAGACGGCAUGGAAGACGCCGAAGCUGACAUGGAAGAGGACACAGGCAUGGCGCCCCUGGCCAAUCCCGAGGCCUUGCAACGAACGCCGGGGCAAGGACAUUCACAGCUGCAGGAACGAAAUUCGCCAGGAUGAAGAACAAAGAGCGGAAAUGGAUGGACGUUGCGACGCGUAUGCUGGCUUUGGGGGUGACAAUUGGGAUGUGUGUAUGAAACGGUGGGAAAACAUAAUCGGGUGGUACAGGAAGGUGCUGGAUCAAGAGGAGUCGUCGGGGUUGCAGUCCUUCUUCACACUAACCCCAAAGAGGUACAAGUUCCAAAUGGACCGUCGAUUGUAUGACGCCACCCAUGGGAUGCAGCACGGCAGCCAGACAGCGCAUCCUCCGAAUCUGCUUGGGACAGGGGCGCCGAAGCAGCAAGGUGGUGGGGGCAGGAAAGCCAGGGGGGGUGUAGGUGGGGAGACCUCUGCAAGUGAAAACUGUGAGGGGGCUGUCGGGGAUGGGUACAGGAGCAGGUUGUCGAGCGGAGGGAAGAUGACAAAGCGAAAGAAUGCUCGGCAGCAUGCGUUUGAAGCCAUUACGGAGGUCAUGCACGCACACUCCAAGGUGGUGGCCGAGUCCAUCGACAGGGCAAGCAAACGACAAUGCGAUGUGUUGCAGCGUCAGUGCGACAUAAUGGAGAGAGAAGUGAAAUGACAAGAGACUCAGUGCGAGGUGUGGGAUUCGCGACAGCGGAUGCUGUGUGAUGCGUUGUUGAAGAUUGCGCAGGCUUUGUGCAAGGAUUGAUGUCGGUGAUGGAUGAACUUCGGGCAGCGGAUAAUGAAGAUCCGCCCAAUCC